UCAUUAUAGAAACAGUACACACUAAUUUUCUUUUCAUUUUCCAUAAAAAAUCAUCCCAUCCAAUAUCACUACCAAAAUCACGUAUUGUAGUGUUAACAGAUUCAGAACACUAUUGUUAGAUAGAUAUACAUAUACAUAUUAGUCAGUUAGUAAAUUUAGUUAAGCUAAAUAUAUAUAUAAAAGAAAGAAAGAAAGAUGCAGCAUGAUAAUUGGUAUGACGAAGAAAGUAGUUUGGGAUGGAGAUCUAAAAGAUUGUUUAUAUAUAGAUAUAUAUCCGACACGAUCUGGCUUCCGUUACUUUCAGGCCUUACCACCGCAACUUCUAGAUCCUCUGUUCGUCUUAUGUUUUUCCUCAUUUUUGUGUUUUUCGGUUUGUUUCUUUCCACGCGCUUGCUUGAUUCUACUACUACUGCCUCCUCCUCUGCAACUUCAAUAACUAGAAAUCCCCCUGGAAGUUCCGUGCUAACUACUAAUACAUUGCAAGUUGAACCUAAAGUAAUUUCUGAAACAACUCCUAAGGAACAAAACAUUGAAUCAUUACACGAUAAACCUGACAUAACUCCAGUAAUUUCUGAAAAGACACCUGAGGAACAAAACACCCAAACUGUACACAGUGAACCUGACAUAACUCAAGUUAUUUCCAAAAGUCCUCCCAAGAAGAUAGAAAUUCCACUAAAAUGCUCGUCGGAUAAUCUCACUAAAACAUGCCCGGCUGACUACUACCCAAAAAGAUUCAAUUUACAAGAUCUUGAAUACACAUCAGAGCAGCCACUGGAGUGCCCAGAGUACUUUCGUUGGAUCCAUGAAGAUCUAAAACCAUGGAGAGAAACCGGGAUCACAGAAGAGAUGGUGUUAAGGGCAAAAAGAACAGCCAAUUUUCGUCUAGUGAUAUUGAAUGGGCGGGCUUAUGUAGAGAUAUAUCAGAAGUCGUUUCAGUCUAGAGAUACUUUCACUCUUUGGGGGAUUUUGCAGUUGUUAAGAAAGUACCCUGGGAAGGUUCCAGACUUGGACCUUAUGUUUGAUUGUGUUGACUGGCCCGUUAUCAUGAAGAAGUAUUAUCGCGGGCCUAAUGCCGUUGCUCCACCACCAUUGUUUCGUUACUGUAGGGAUGAUUCCACUCUGGACAUUGUUUUCCCAGAUUGGUCUUUUUGGGGGUGGCCGGAAAUUAAUAUAAAACCAUGGGGAUCUUUGUUGAAGGACCUAGAGGAGGGAAACAGAAGGAGUAGAUGGGUUGAUAGGGAACCACAUGCUUACUGGAAGGGGAAUCCAGUUGUUGCUGAAACCCGAAUGGACCUUCUUAAAUGCAAUGUCUCUGAGAAGGAAGACUGGAAUGCCCGUGUCUAUGCCCAGGACUGGAUUAAAGAAUCACAGGAAGGUUACAAGCAAUCUGAUUUGGCUAGCCAGUGUGUCCACAGAUAUAAAAUUUAUAUUGAGGGAUCUGCGUGGUCAGUAAGUAAUAAAUACAUUCUUGCCUGCGAUUCCGUCACUUUUAUUGUGAAGCCACGAUACUACGAUUUCUUUAUGAGAGGGCUGAUGCCUGUUCACCAUUACUGGCCGAUUAAAGAAGAUGACAAGUGCAGGUCCAUUAAGUUCGCAGUUGAAUGGGGCAACAGCCACAAGCAAAAGGCACAAGAGAUAGGAAAAGCAGCAAGUAGUUUCAUCCAUGACGAUUUAAAGAUGGACAAAGUAUAUGACUACAUGCUUCAUCUUCUAACUGAAUACUCUAAACUUCUUAAGUACAAGCCCACAAUACCCGAAAAAGCAAUUGAACUUUGUUCAGAAUCAAUGUCUUGUUCGGCACAAGGGUUCGAGAAGGAAUUCAUGAUGGAAUCCAUGAUCAAAGGCCCUGCAAUGGUACAACCCUGCACCAUGCCCCCAGCUUAUGAUCCUUCAGCUCUAAACUCUCUAAUUAGGAGGAAAAAGAACUCCGUACUGCAAGUUGAAAAAUGGGAAAACGGGUAUUUUGAAAACCAAAAUAACAAAACUUAGUUUCUAUACUUUUUCACAUUUUGCAAUUUUUUUAUUUUUGUGUUGUAUAAUUGUAUCACGAGUAGUGGUAGUAGUAGCGCAGAGUAUAUGGCAGAGCGUAUCAGUUGGUGCUUAGUUGCCACGAUCGAUAAGUAAACAAAAACUUGUAAUUUUACAUUCAGUAGCUGCUUAGUAUGAAUUUAUAAUCUGAUACACGAAUAAGGUUCCUAAGUAA